CCCGCCGGGCAGGGCAGGAGCUGCGGCUGCGCGGCGCGCGCGGCCUUUUCCCGUUUGCUGCGGAGCGCAGUCGUUGUGCGGAGCGGGCCCCGGCCUUAGGGACCGGACAGUGCCUGGCACGAUGGGGUUUGUGAAGGUUGUCAAGAAUAAGGCGUACUUCAAGAGAUACCAAGUGAAAUUCAGGAGAAGGAGAGAGGGAAAAACUGACUACUAUGCUCGCAAACGUUUGGUUAUUCAAGAUAAAAACAAGUACAACACUCCUAAAUACAGGAUGAUUGUGCGUGUUACCAACAGAGACAUCAUCUGCCAGAUUGCCUAUGCCAGAAUCGAGGGGGACAUGAUCGUGUGCGCUGCCUACGCCCACGAGCUGCCCAAGUACGGCGUCAAGGUGGGCCUGACCAACUACGCUGCUGCCUACUGCACCGGCCUGCUCCUGGCACGCAGGCUUCUGAAUAAAUUUGGCCUUGAUAAGAUCUAUGAAGGCCAAGUUGAAGUCACUGGUGACGAGUACAAUGUGGAAAGUGUGGAUGGCAAGCCUGGUGCUUUUACAUGCUACCUGGAUGCGGGUCUUGCCAGAACUACCACUGGAAACAAAGUCUUUGGUGCUCUGAAGGGUGCAGUGGACGGGGGGCUGUCUAUCCCUCAUAGCACCAAACGUUUUCCUGGCUACGACUCGGAGAGCAAAGAGUUCAAUGCUGAGGUUCACCGCAAGCACAUCAUGGGCCAGAACGUGGCCGAUUACAUGCGGUACCUGAUGGAGGAGGACGAAGAUGCCUACAAGAAACAGUUCUCCCAGUACAUAAAGAACAACGUAACACCUGAUGGGAUGGAAGAAAUGUAUAAAAAAGCCCAUGCUGCUAUACGGGAUAAUCCUGUCCAUGAAAAGAAACCUAAGAGAGAUGUCAAGAAAAAGAGGUGGAACUGUCCCAAGAUGUCUCUUGCCCAGAAGAAAGACCGUGUUGCUCAGAAGAAGGCCAGCUUCCUCAGGGCCCAGGAGCGCAGAACGGAGAGCUAAGACAACUUCCACAGUUUUCUGUGAAGCUUUGGAAAAAGUGGCAAUAAAUUUAUUGAGGAAGCAA